AUGAAAUUGAAAUUGAAUGCAUAUUGUCAUUUUUAUCAAGCACUUAUUAAUACGGAUUAAUUAUAUUGUUAUAAAGUGUGCGUUUAUGUGGCAAAUGGAUAUAUUUAAUAACAAAUGGAAAUAAUUGAAACCUAUAAUAAUUCAAAGUAAUUGAUAGGAGGAUCAUAUAAUUAAAACGAACUUGUGAUUGCUUAAUGGGGUGGAAAUAUCUUAUUUAAGAGAAAAAACGAAGAAGAUGUUAAAAUUAACACCUUUUGUGUCGGUAAUAAAUAAAUUGAUUAUUUAGGUCUUAUUAAGAUCACAGGUGAUAAAUAUUUAUGCUUUACUAGCAAAAAUCAUUUAUUACAAAUAAAUGAAGAUAGAAAGAUUGAAUAAAUAGAUUAACAAGAUAGUCCCUAUUUUGUUUGCGAUUUUUAUUUGAAAACUUGUCUAUUCAUGCAUAAUACAAUUUAAUAAUAACGAUUUUUAUGUCUUUGGAAUAUGUUGACGUAAUAGAAAUCCAAAUAUGAACACAUCAGCAGCAUUACAAGUGUAAUGGCUGCUGAUGACGGUAUUUGGCUAGGAGAUAAAGAUGGAUAUUUGAAUUUCUUAACUUAUAAAUUAAAACUUCAAAAACGAGUUAGAAGUAUAUAAAUCUUAUUAUAUCAUAGUAUUUUCAAACGAAAUCUCCAAAAUUUAAAUAAUGAACAAGAAAAUAUAUUGUGUUUCAUAAAGGGAACUUAAACUAUUUUUUCAAGAUUAAAUUGUCUCAAUCUCUACUUUCGAUAAUGAAAUUAGCUGUAUUGGUGCAUUCAAAAAUAAAUUGAUAUUAGGGACAACAAAUGGAUAGUUAAUGAUAUAAGAAAAUUAGAAGAUUUUUGCAUAACAUCAAGUACAUGCUAAUUCCAUUACGAGUAUCUCUGUUAAUGGUAAUCAAAUUGUAACGACAAGCAGUGAUCGCACUGCUAAAAUCAUUCAAUUAAAAUGA